AGUGUAAGCAGUCCAACCACAUCGGUUUCCACGACAUAUUCAAGUGGCAGCAAAAGUUAUUCAACUUCAGUAUCCACCUCUGUGUCUACUUCAACGUCAACUAGCUUAUCGAGAUCACGUAGCACAAGUACAUCUACAUCAAAAUCGACAUCAACUAGUGUCAGUACCCCAACAACCACUGUGUUCUCCACAUAUUCCAGUGCCAGCACAAGUACCUCAACAUCAGUAUCCACCAGUGUGUCUACUUCCACCUCAUCAAGUGUGAGCACUCCAACAACAUCAGUCUCAACGACAUACUCAAGUGGCAGCAAAAGUUAUUCAACUUCAAUAUCCACAAGUUUAUCAACGUCGACAUCAACGAGCUUUUCCACAUCAGUUACUGCCAGUACAUCCAAGUCGACUUCAGCAUCAUCAAGUCUAAGUACUCCAACAACUACAGUAUUCUCGACCUAUUCAAGUGCCAGCGUAUAUACGUCAAUAUCAGUGUCGACAAGUACCUCAACAUCAGUGUCCACCAGUGUGUCUACUUCCACUUCAACUAGUGUAAGUACGCCAACAACGUCAGUUUCCACUACAUUGUCUAGUGGGAGUAAGAGUACUUCAGCAUCGGUAUCCACCAGUGUAUCAAAAUCAAUGUCAACUAGUGUAAGUACACCAACAACGUCAAUUUCCACCACAUUGUCAAGUGCCAGUACAAGUACUUCCACAUCAGUGUUGACUAGUGUGUCUACAUCCACCUCAACUAGUGUGAGUACACCAACAACGUCAGUUUCCACCACAUUGUCAAGUGCCAGCACAAGUACUUCAACGUCAAUAUCUUCCAGUGUAUCCACUUCAGCAUCAACAAGUAAGUCGAAAUCAACUUCAACCUCUGCUUCAACAUCAACAAGUGCUUCAACGUCCCUUAACACUAGCACCUCAACAUCAACAAGUGUCAGUACACCAACUACGACAGUUUUCUCGACAUACUCAAGUGCGAGCACAAGUACUUCAACAUCAGUAUCCACCAGUGCAUCUACAUCAACGUCAACUAGUGUGAGUACGCCAACAACAUCGGCGUCCAAGACCUUGUCAAGUGUGAGUACAAGUACAUCAACAUCAGUAUCCACCAGCGUGUCCACAUCAACAUCAACAAGUCUGAGCACACCAACAACGUCAAUUUCCACUACUUUGUCAAGUGCCAGUACUAGUACUUCAACAUCAGUGCCGACUAGCGUGUCUACAUCCACCUCAACUAGUGUGAGUACACCAACCACGUCAGCUUCCACUACAUUGUCAAGUGCUAGCACAAGUACUUCAAUAUCAUUAUCCACCAGCGUGUCCACAUCCACAUCAACAAGUGUGAGCACACCAACAACGUCAAUUUCUACUACUUUGUCAAGUGCCAGUACUAGUACUUCAACAUCAGUGUCGACUAGCGUGUCUACAUCCACCUCAACUAGUGUGAGUGCGCCAACGUCAGUGUCCACGACAUUGUCAAGUGCCAGCACAAGUACCUCAACAUCGGUAUCUACCAGCGUGUCCACGUUAACAUCGACAAGUGUAAGCACACCAACAACGUCAGUGUCGACGACAUUGUCGAGUGCCAGCACAAGUACCUCAACAUCAGUAUCUACCAGCGUGUCCACAUCAACAUCGACAAGUGUGAGCACACCAACAACGUCAGUGUCUACGACAUUUUCAAGUGCCAGCAUAAGUACUUCAACGUCAAUAUCUUCCAGUGUGUCCACUUCAGCAUCAACCAGUAGGUCGAAAUCAACUUCAACCUCUUCUUCAACAUCAACUAGUGCUUCAACUUCUCUUAGCACAAGCACCUCAACAUCAAGAUCAGCAAGUGCUAGUACACCAACUACGACAGUUUUCUCUACAUACUCAAGUGCGAGCACAAGUACUUCAACAUCAGUAUCCACCAGUGUAUCUACAUCAACGUCAACUAGUGUGAGUACACCAACAACAUCGGUGUCUAAGACCUUGUCAAGUGCGAGUACAAGCACAUCAACAUCAGUGUCCACUAGUGUGUCUACACCAACUUCAACAAGUGUAAGCACACCAACAACGUCAAUUUCGACUACAUUGUCAAGUGUCAGCACAAGUAUUUCAACAUCAGUGUCCACCAGCUUGUCUACAUCAACAUCAACUAGUGUGAGUACACCAUCUACGUCAUUGUCUACCACUUCUUCAAGUGUCAGUACGAGUACAUCAACAUCAGUAUCCACCAGUGUGUCGAGAUCACUGAGCACUAGCACGUCGACAUCGACCUCAGCAUCCACCAGGUAUCUUUUUGUAAAUGUCGUAUGUGGUGUGUUAUUUUAAAGGGAUAAAAUGUGAUUUUUUUCUUCCUUUUGGAUAAUUUUAUAGAAACUUGUUAGAGAUUUUGGUCAAGUAUUGAAUGUGAUAUAGUACGAAGAAAUUCUAGGGGGACAUUUUCUUAAACUCAUUGUGUAACAAAUGUAGAAAAGGUCGUGCUUUGGUGUGUCUCUCAAAAGAAAACUGUGCAAAAACAGCAUAAUAUCCUUGUCUCUGGAAAUUAUCUUUGUGUUUUUCAGCUACAAAAAAGAGGAGUGAGGGUGAUUUCCGAUGCUUAUUACUAGGCGUCUCGUAUUACGUUUUUUAAUAGUCUACAGUAGCUUCCUUUUUAUGAAGAAGGGAAAAUAGCUAAAUGUUGUGUUGCAUACAAACGCAUUAAGGGAAGAGUUCCCUUAUAUAUUGAAGACUACUUAGGAAUCAACAGUCAGCAACAUAGUUGUGUAACUAGAUGUAGUAAUAUAAACUUUAUUUGCCCAAAAUCUAAUUGAAGACUACUUAGGAAUCAACAGUCAGCAACAUAGUUGUGUAACUAGAUGUAGUAAUAUAAACUUUAUUUGCCCAAAAUCUAAUCGGCUGACCGAAGUCGGUAAGACAUUCGCAGCUGCUACUUGUCAACUUUGGAAUGGCUUAAGCCUUGAUCUUAGAAAUGCAUUAUCAUUGGUAUCCUUCUUCAAAGAGAAGCAAGAACUACACCAUUUCAUAGUUUAGUCGUAUUUUGUAUAUAUUUCCUUAGCCAUAUCAUUAGCUUUUAUACUUGUUUAUAUGAAUGCCGAACUUCUGUAUUUGCUUAGUUUUAUUUAUUUUGUACUUUGAUUUUGUAUAUUCGGAAUAUGUUGUCGUAAUUGCAAUUUUUUAGAUAGAGGGCCAUGAGUUUACUAGUUUCUGUAACUAUUCCGUGCUACACUCUUAAAAUACAGCGUAUUAUUAUUAUUACUAUUAUUUUGCAAGAAAGUAAUCAUGAGAUUUGUUCGUAAAUGUUAAUUUUACAACGAGAUAGAUAUCUCAAAUAUUAAAAAUUUGUUUCGUACAAUCGUGGUCAUAAGAGCUUGAGCUCAUGUUGCGCUAAUUUAAAUGCAAGGUUUGCUCACAAUUCUUGAUAUCUUGUGAAUAACGGUUUCUUUGCAUCAGUUUGAGAAGGUGAGCGUGUUUGUCUUAGAAAUAGUGCAUCAUGUGCCUAAAAAAAAAGAUCACCAUCUUUGAGCCCGCUUGAUUAAGUUCCCCACACAUAAAUAAGAACUCGUGUUUCAAUAAAUGUAAUAUGGAGAGAAGCAGUACUUACAUUUUAUGUUCGUGCAUGACUCAUCUUUCUCUCUAACAAGGCCAUAGGUCUUAGUAGAGCUGUUACAUUGAUUAGAAAGAGAAAAUAGUAUUUACAGCGUUGGUGGGCUAACAAAUCCUUUUUUUUUCCAUUCUAAGCGCUGGGAAGCGUUUUUCUUCUACAUUUAACUCAAUUUUUGGCGAUAACUAGAUAUUUAUGAGGGACUGCAGGGAUUCUUUUAGGUUGAAGUGCAAGGCUCUUCGAUAUUGAGCGUGAUGAGCCCUUGUGUAACUAUAUUCCUGUUGUUUAUUAUUUUCAGUGUUUCAACUUCAAUCUCAAUUAGUACAAGCUUGAGUUCGAGUGCGUCGAUAUCAACUACAACAAGUGCAUCCAUUCCCACCUCUAUCAGCACAAGGUUAGUUUAUGAAAGUUUGAGAAGGAUGAGAGGUGCUUGCGAUCCUUCAAAUUGCUAUUAGUAGCAAUUCAGGUUAGCAAAGUUUUUAAAUAUGGUUUAUAUCAUCUUUCAGCAUUUCUACUUCAAGGUCCACUACAGUGUCAGCAUCGUCAUAUCAAUCGGUUUCUGAGAAAACUGCAGUCACUUUUUUCCCGUCAUCUGCUUACAGUCGGUCCUCUAAUGUACAGUAUUCAAUACCUACAUCAAGUAGGAAGCCGCCGAGUUUGAAGCCUCCGAGGAGAUCCUCUACAUCAAGUGUCUCAUCUUCAAGGUAAUUAGAUUAAGAAGUGGAAUUUUUAUUAAGGGACUGAAGACAAGUGAAAACACGCAACAAAAGUUUUGUUUUUACUAAACUUCUUCGGGAUUUAAGUUAAAAAAUGGUUCUUUACAGGUACCAUAGACCCUUUUCUUUUAGUCAAGUGAAUUCUACAGACACAGAUCACGGUUUUUUUUGAUGAAGAAGGAGAAUCAGAUGGCAUGGAAGGAAUCGAAAAUAGGGUGGGAUGUGUUUAGUAUACCCAUGUAAUGGUACUUCGGAGGAGCCAUUUACUCCUUACUCCCUCAAACGAAAUACUUUUACUGCCUCUAAAAGGCGAUGAGCUUACAGUUAGGUCUAGCUACAAUUGCUGCGUAAAAUUACUCUUCUAGGCACAUUCCAGAAAAAAACACACAAUUGACAUGUAUUAACUUCAAUGAUGCAUCUCAAUUUUCUUUUAAUUUAAUUUUGUUAACUCAAGCACAUCUACAUCAACAUCAAAAUCAACAUCUUUGAGUUCAAGUAAGUCGACAAGUAUAACGACAUCAGCGAGUACCAGUACAUCCACCUCAACCUUAAAGAGCGUCAGCACGCCAACAACCACAGUUUUCUCGACGUAUUCCAGUGCCAGCACAAGUACCUCAACAUCAGUGUCCACCAGUGUAUCGACUUCAACCUCAACUAGUGUAAGCAGUCCAACUACAUCGGUUUCCACGAUAUAUUCAAGUGGCAGCAAAAGUUAUUCAACUUCAGUAUCCACCUCUGUGUCUACUUCGAUGUCAACUAGCUUAUCGAGAUCGCGUAGCACCAGUAGAUCUACAUCAAAAUCGACAUCAACUAGUGUCAGUACUCCAACAACCACAGUGUUCUCGACAUAUUCCAGUGCCAGCACAAGUACCUCAACGUCAGUAUCCACCAGUGUGUCUACUUCCACCUCAUCAAGUGUGAGCACUCCAACAACAUCAGUCUCAACGACAUACUCAAGUGGCAGCAAAAGUUAUUCAACUUCAAUAUCCACAAGUUUAUCAACGUCGACAUCAACGAGCUUUUCCACAUCAGUUACUGCCAGUACAUCCAAGUCGACUUCAGCAUCAUCAAGUCUAAGUACUCCAACAACCACAGUAUUCUCAACCUAUUCAAGUGCCAGCGUAAGUACGUCAAUAUCGGUGUCGAAAAGUACUUCAACAUCAGUGUCCACCAGUGUGUCUACUUCCACUUCAACUAGUGUAAGUACGCCAACAACGUCAGUUUCCACUACAUUGUCUAGUGGGAGUAAGAGUACUUCAGCAUCGGUAUCCACCAGUGUAUCAAAAUCAAUGUCAACUAGUGUAAGUACACCAACAACGUCAAUUUCCACCACAUUGUCAAGUGCCAGUACAAGUACUUCCACAUCAGUGUCGACUAGUGUGUCUACAUCCACCUCAAGUAGUGUGAGUACACCAACAACGUCUGUUUCCACCACAUUGUCAAGUGCCAGCACAAGUACUUCAACGUCAAUAUCUUCCAGUGUGUCUACUUCAGCAUCAACAAGUAAGUCGAAAUCAACUUCAACCUCUGCUUCAACAACAAGUGCUUCAACGUCCCUUAGCACAAGCACCUCAGCAUCAAAAAGUGUUAGUACACCAACUACGACAGUUUACUCGACAUACUUAAGUGCGAGCACAAGUACUUCAACAUCAGUAUCCACCAGUGCAUCUACAUCAACGUCAACUAGUGUGAGUACGCCAACAACAUCGGUGUCCAAGACCUUGUCAAGUGUGAGUACAAGUACAUCAACAUCAGUAUCCACCAGCGUGUCUACAUCAACAUCAACAAGUGUGAGCACACCAACAACGUCGAUUUCUACAACAUUGUCAAGUGCGAGUUUAAGUACAUCAACAUCAGUAUCCACCAGUGUAUCUACAUCAACGUCAACUAGUGUGAGUACGCCAACCACGUCAGUUUCCACGACACUGUCAAGUGCCAGCACAAGUACUUCAACAUCAUUAUCCACAAGCAUGUCCACAUCAACAUCAACAAGUGUGAGCACAGCAACAACGUCAAUUUCUUCUACUUUGUCAAGUGCCAGCACUAGUACUUCAACAUCAGUGUCGACCAGCGUGUCUACAUCCACCUCAACUAGUGUGAGUACACCAACCACGUCAACGUCCACGACAUUGUCAAGUGCCAGCACAAGUACUUCAACGUCAAUAUCUUCCAGUGUGUCUACUUCAGCAUCAACAAGUAAGUCGAAAUCAACUUCAACCUCUGCUUCAACAACAAGUGCUUCAACGUCCCUUAGCACAAGCACCUCAGCAUCAAAAAGUGUUAGUACACCAACUACGACAGUUUUCUCGACAUACUCAAGUGCGAGCACAAGUACUUCAACAUCAGUAUCCACCAGUGCAUCUACAUCAACGUCAACUAGUGUGAGUACGCCAACAACAUCGGUGUCCAAGACCUUAUCAAGUGCGAGUACAAGUACAUCAACAUCAGUAUCCACCAGCGUGUCUACAUCAACAUCAACAAGUGUGAGCACACCAACAACGUCGAUUUCUACAACAUUGUCAAGUGCGAGUUUAAGUACAUCAACAUCAGUAUCCACCAGUGUAUCUACAUCAACGUCAACUAGUGUGAGUACGCCAACCACGUCAGUUUCCACGACACUGUCAAGUGCCAGCACAAGUACUUCAACAUCAUUAUCCACAAGCGUGUCCACAUCAACAUCAACAAGUGUGAGCACAGCAACAACGUCAAUUUCUUCUACUUUGUCAAGUGCCAGCACUAGUACUUCAACAUCAGUGUCGACCAGCGUGUCUACAUCCACCUCAACUAGUGUGAGUACACCAACCACGUCAACGUCCACGACAUUGUCAAGUGCCAGCACAAGUACUUCAACGUCAAUAUCUUCCAGUGUGUCUACUUCAGCAUCAACAAGUAAGUCGAAAUCAACUUCAACCUCUGCUUCAACAUCAACUAGUGCUUCAACGUCCCAUAGCACAAGCACCUCAACAUCGACAUCAGCAAGUGUAAGCACACCAACUACGACAGUUUUCUCGACAUACUCAAGUGCGAGCACAAGUACUUCAACAUCAGUAUCCAUCAGUGUAUCUACAUCAACGUCAACUAGUGUAAGUACGCCAACAACAUCGGUGUCCAAGACCUUGUCAAGUGCGAGUACAAGUACAUCAACAUCAGUAUCUACCAGUGUGUCUACUUCAACCUCAACAAGUGUAAGCACACCAACGACGUCAAUUUCCACUACAUUGUCAAGUGCCAGUACAAGUACUUCAACAUCAGUGUCCACCAGCGUGUCCACAUCAAUAUCAACAACUGUGAGCACACCAACAACGUCAAUUUCUACUACUUUGUCAAGUGCCAGUACUAGUACUUCAACAUCAGUGUCGACUAGUGUGUCUACAUCUACGUCAACCAGUGUGAGUACACCAACAACGUCAGUGUCCACGACAUUGUCAAGUGCCAGCACAAGUAGUUCAACAUCAGUAUCCACCAGUGUGUCUACAUCAACAGGAACAAGUGUGAGUACACCAACAACUUCAAUUUCUUCUACUUUGUCAAGUGCCAGUACUAGUACAUCAGCAUCAGUGUCCACCAGCUUGUCUACUGCCACGUCAGCUAGUGUCAGCACACCAACAACGUCGGUUUCUUCGACUUAUUCUAGUGGCAGUUCAAGUUACUCAAAGUCAAUUAGCACCAGUUUGUCUAUUUCG